AUGGCGCAACAGCCCUUGCCAACUACGGCCCAGCCGACCGAUAUUUAUGGCGGAGAUGAGGUAUCGGCUCUUGUGCUCGACCCUGGGUACUGCACCACACGCGCAGGUUUUGCCGGCGAGGAUGUUCCCAAAUCCGUGCUGCCUUCGUUUUACGGCCAUGUUACGAGCGACCCGCCCAAGGACGUAUUUGGCGACGAGUGCCUCAUUCCACGUGCCGAUUUCGAGAUCCGCAACUAUAUGAACCGCGACAGUAUUGUCGAGGACUGGGAUGUCGCGAACAAGGUGUGGGAGCACAUGCUGAUUAAGCGCCUUCAACCCGAACGCCCGACGCACCCCUCCAAGAAUGGCCUCAACGACGAGCCCAAGGAAGCCGACACCGAAGGCGACGUCGCGAUGGAGGAGGCUGAGACGCAAGAAAAACCGCUGCAGGAGAAUCCUCUGCUCAUUACAGAGGCGCCGUGGAACACGCCAAAGAACAGAGAAAAGGCCAUUGAGCUGGUGAUGGAGAACUGGAGCUGCCCCGCGUUCUGGCUGAGCAAGACACCCGUCCUGGCUGCUUUUGCUGCGGGCAAGGCAACUGCUCUUGUCAUUGAUGUUGGCGGCGCCAACACCUCUGUCACUGCCAUUCAUGACGGCAUGGUCUUGAAGCGCUCGGUCCAGCGUUCUCCUGCCGGUGGUCUUUGGCUUUCCUCCCAGAUCCGCCAUCUGUGGCGGACCUCGGAGCCUCCAGUCAACCUGGUGCCCACAUAUCUGAUUGAGAAUAAGACUGCAGUCGAUGCCCUGGCUCCUGCGCAGUACCGCGAGCGCAAAUUCCCCUUUCAGGUCAGCGACUCGUUCAGGCUGUACGAGGAGGAGCGCACCUUGACCGAGUUUAAGGAGUCGGUUGUCGAAGUGUGGCGCGGACCUGGCAAGCUCGGCGCACCCGGCAAUGAGGAUUAUGUUAAGACCCAGCCCGGACGCGUGUUCGAGAUGCCAGACGGCUACAACCAGAUGUGGCGCGAGCAGCGCUUCAAGGUGACGGAGGGUCUCUUUGACGACAACGCCGGAUUGCCCGUGCCCGAGUCGGAGCGCCUCACCAAGGGCCAGACGAUUCCUGAGCUCAUCAAGGCAUCCCUAAGCGCUAUCGACGUUGACCUGCGCGGCAAUUUGCUCGCCAAUGUGGUCGUGACUGGUAGCUCUAGCCUGAUCAACGGAUUCAACGACCGCCUGAAUAACGAGCUGACGGCCAUGUACCCCGGGCUCAAGAUUAAGAUUCACGCGGCCGGCUUGACGAGUGAACGCCGCUUCGCUCCGUGGAUCGGUGGCAGUAUCCUGGCCAGCCUGGGUACCUUUCACCAGAUGUGGAUCUCAAGAAAGGAGUACGAGGAGAAUGGUGCCAACAUUGUAGAGAAGCGCUGCAAAUAG